GUGUUGUCUCUGGUGCUACUGAAGGGCCAUCAACAUCGUCUUCGUCACAUGUUUAUGAGGAGGAGCAAGUGGAAGACAACAUUGCGGCGUCCACACCACUUCCCAGCAGUGGUUCAACAGAAGUGCCAUCAACUCCAUCACGACUUGAGGAGGAGCAAGUGGAAGCAUCCACACCACUUCCCAGCAGUGGUUCAACAGAAGUGCCAUCAACUCCAUCUCCACUUCAUGAGGAGGACAAAGAGGAAGAUGACAUUGACAUGGCAGAGACCACCCCACCAUCCAGAACUGGGGUACCUGUAGGUAUUGCAAGCACCACAUUAAGUGAUGACCCAGGAUGUUGGCCCAGUGUCCUAACAAGCAGUAUGCGCUGUGAAAUAGUCAAAAAAGGACCUGUGCAAAUCAUGGACAUUGAAUUCCCGCAAAACUUAGACAAUCCUCCUCGAAGAUUCACCAAGGACAGUUACAAAAGAACCAUGAAAAAUGGUGAGAAUAUACAUCGAUCGUGGCUGGUGUAUUCCAUCCACACAGAUGGAGUGUUCUGUUUCCCUUGUACUGUUUUCGGGAAGCGUGAGCGUGACAAUGCCUUAACGACCUGUGGCUACGGUGGAUGGAAGAACCUUUCCUAUCGCCUAAAAAAACACGAGUGCACAAAGGUGCACUGUGACAAUGUGAAAAAGUGGCACGACCUUCAGAGGAGACUGCAAACCAGUACACUGAUUGAUCAAAGACAGAUGGAGUUGAUGCAACUUGAAGUUGAACACUGGAAAGGCGUGAUUCGGAGAGUGAUUGCCAUAGUUUCCCAUCUGGCAGAACGCAACCAGGCUUUGAGAGGAACUACCAGUACCGUGUAUGAUCGCCACAAUGGGAAUUUUCUGGCUCAAGUGGAACUCCUAGCACAGUUUGAUCCGGUAAUGAAUGAACACAUCAGACGAAUACAAUGCAAAGAGACAAAGGUGCAUUACCUGAGUGGAGUCAUUCAGAACGAAAUCAUUCAGCUGGUCGGAGACAAAAUCCUACAGGAGAUUGCAAGAAGAGUGCACAAAGCAAAAUACUUCUCCGUGAUCAUGGAUUGCACUCCUGACAUCAGCCACAAGGAACAACUUUCUGUUGUUCUCAGGAUUGUCAACUGUGAAACACCUGUUUCUAUUGCUGAGCAUUUUUGGGGAUUUGUACAUGUUGAAGACACAACUGGUAAAGGGCUCAGUGAAAUCCUGCUUGACCAGUUGGAGAAGCACAACCUCAGCAUUUCAGAUUGCCGUGGGCAGUCAUACGACAAUGGCAGCAAUAUGAUGGGCCACAAACAGGGUGUGCAGGCAAGAAUUUUAGAGCUGAACAACAAGGCGCUAUGCAUCCCAUGCAGCAGUCACACACUAAAUCUGGUUGUGUCAGAUGCUGCCAAGUCUUCAGUGUUGUCCAUGUCUUUUUUUGGUAUGCUGCAACGACUGUACAACCUUUUCAGUUCCUCUGUGCACCGCUGGGCAAUUUUGAAGCAGCAUGUGAAGCAGCUCACCCUUAAGCCACUUUCAGGGACGAGAUGGGAGGCCCGAAUUGACAGUGUGAAGGUAGUGCGGUACCAUCUACCUGAAAUACUAGACGGACUGUCAGCACUGGAGACAUAUGCUACAGAGAAGGGGGACUCAGAGACCAUGUCCUCAGCAAAAAGCUUACAUGGUGAGCUUAAAACAUGGUCCUUUCUUCUGUGCACAAUAACCUGGUACAACGUUUUGUAUCAGGUUAACCAUAUGAGCAAGCUCCUCCAGAGCCCGGAUGUUUCAAUGCAAACACUGAAAAAAGAAACCGAGGGAGUGACAGAGUACCUAGAAGAUUUCAGGGAAAAUGGACUCGCAUCAAGCCAAACGGAUGCAAUGGAGAUUGCAGAAGAUCUGGAAAUUGAGAGGAAAUUGCCUGAGAAAAGGCAACGUAAAAAGAAAAGGCAGUUCCUUUACGAGAGUACAGAUGAAACCCAAUCGACCCCAGAAGAGGCCUUCAGAAGGGACUUCUUCCUGCCUUUGGUUGACACUGCCAUCACCAGCCUAAAAGACAGAUUUUCCAGACUGGAGGGGGUGUAUGCCCUGUACGACUUCCUGUUCAGCAUUGAUAUCAUGAGGGCCACAAUCAAGACUGGGAAAUUGCAUGAGAGAUGCAGGAAAGUGGAACAAACCCUCCAUGAUAUUGAUGCAGACGACUUGGCAUUGGAGAUCAACUCUGCUGUCCACACCUUUCCAGAUGAAGUAUCCAGGUGCCCAUUUAAAAUGCUGGACUACAUAUACAGUGAGAAGCUGUUGGACCUGUACAGCAAUUUAAGCAUUGCACUGCGCCUACUUCUGACCCUUCCUGUCUCGGUUGCCUCCGGAGAGAGGAGCUUUUCAUCUCUGAAGCGCAUAAAGAAUUACAUGAGGUCAACUAUGAGCCAAGAGAGGCUCUCUGGACUGGCACUCAUGUCAAUUGAGAGUGACGUCCGCAGGUCUUUGGACUUGGAGGGGAUUGUGUCUGCAUUUGCUGAGGCCAAGGGCCGCAAGCAGCAGUUUCAGUAGGAAAUAAAAAAAAUAAUAAAGGCUACUUUUCAGUGUAUGUUUGACCUCUUUUGUGAUUAAAACGCACAGAAUUGCGGAAAUUUUUUUUUUAAAGGCCCCCAACAACUUCUUUGCCUAGGGCCCCCAAAAUCCUAGA